UUAUACAUACAUAUGUAUAUAUAUAUAAAUGUAUUGUAUGCGCAACAAUAAUAUCAACGGCAACAUCACCAUCAACAGCAGCAGCAACCGAGACACAAUUACAGCAAUACGCCCCAACAACUUCAGCAGCAGCAGCAGCAGCAGCAACAGCAACAACAAGAACAACUCUCUGCACUGAGGUCCAGAGUGCUGCAGUUGUAAAUGCUUGUUGUAAUAUAUACACAGCCACUAUAUACUGCAAGCAGUGACUGCGCAGUCAACGUGAGCAGCGGCAGCAGCAGCGGCGGCAGCAGCAUCGACAGCAGCUACAUCAAUUUCGCUUUUGGGCAAACAUAAAAAGAGAAAAAAGUCAACAGCACGAAAUAAAUUAAGCAUAAUAUUUAUGUGAUGCUAUGCACAUCAGCAGCUCUGAAUUAUGCCUAGAACGCGUCGCUGAGGAAUUCAUGGGUCGCAGGAAAUGGAAACAUUAUCAAGAUCAACUGACGCGCAAUCAAUUGAAUAUCGCAGAGCAACAGCCCAUAGCAAUAGCAAACGAAGUCGACGAUUGCAACUACAAAGAGAACCACCGCUUAACUCAACACCACAACAACAACAGCUGCAGCAGCAACAACAACAGUAAGGCGCAAACAGAUUUUGUUCAUACGCAUACAUCACAAGCAGACGCCGACGCCGACGCCGACGUCGACGCGCACGAGUUUGAGAUUGACGACGAUCGUGUGCGGGAGUCAAGUGCAACAUCACGUAGCUCGAGCAGCACACCAAUACCACCGCCGCCAGAACCCAACGAUUGGACACCGUCUGAUAAGUGCAAUUUCUGUAUUAACGGUCGCUUGCUAACGGUUAACGCCGCUGGCCAAUUGGUGGCCGAAACAGCAACAACCAACAACAGCAACAACAUUUGCCAAAACGGCAACGCUGCCCAGCAGCACGACAGCGACAGCAGCUCAAGCGCAUCGCUGCACAUCAACAACAACAACAACAACAACAACAAGUACAGAGCACGCCAAGUUGCCAACACAAAAGCAACAGCAACAACAGCAGCAGCAGCAGCAGCAGCAACUGCAACUGCAGCUUCAAUAGAGUUGUACAAGCUGCUCACGAUGACAUCGAUGGACUCAUCGAUGGCCGCCAAACUGGCGCACUUCACCAUGAUGGCCAAUGACUUCAAUCUGAUGAGCAAGCUGGCCAAUCAACAGCAUGCCAAUGCGGUAACGCCAACUACCUCAGAGCUCACAGCCGCCGCUGACAGUCCGACACUCAAAGAAACGCCCAGUAGUGCGCUCGAUGCGCCUUUGGAUCUAAGCAGCAAACCAUCGCCAAAUUCAUCGAUCAGCGGUGAUAUGAAGACAGUCAGAAGCAGCGCUGACUGCGUUACAGCUGGACACAGCUAUAGCGGCUCAGAGGAUCUGAGCAGCGGCCUGCAUGAGGUGCUGACCCACAAGCUGAGCCACAACAGCCGCAAGGCCUCGACGCCGUAUCAUCUGCCACGCGACAAUCAUCUGCGCCAGAAGUUGGGCAACAUGAAGCUCAAUCUCCUCGCCCCGACGGAGCUGCAGGAGUCGGAUGUCGACAGCAACGCCUCAACGCCGGCGCCAGUGUAUCUCGACUUCGUAGAGAGCUUGGCCAGCGAUCACUUGCGCAAGUUGCGCCCGCUCUCCGAGCACAAUGGCAGCGAGCCGGGCGAUGAUCUCGAGCCGCUCAUGUCGCCCAAGUUGCCGCCGCGUCGUCAAGCUGGCACCCCUACUCAUGCUGCUCAUGCGGCUCAUGCUGCAGCUGCUGGCGCCGCCACGGGCUUGAACAUACCCAUCAAUGGCAACAUGUUGCUGCAGACGAUGCUGCUGAUGGCCGGCACUGGCGCCAUCACCGAGGUGGAUGAGAGUCAAACGCUGGGAGAUUUCUUCAAGGGACUGCUUUUGGCCAAGCGCGGCGACCUCAUGAACGAUGCGCUGGCCAAUGUGCUGGCCGGCGGCGGCAAUGCGCAUGAGAGCAACAAUGCGUUGCGACUGCUGCAGCAGCAGCAGCAGCAGCUGAAUGCCCUCAACGCCUUUCGUCGUCAACUACCAAAGUCUGAAACGCCCGAAACGAACUCCUCGCUGGAUGCCAACGAUGCUUGCGAGGAUCCCAUUCUGAAGAUUCCGUCCUACAAAAUCAGCAGUGCUGCCAGCGUCUCGCCCAGUCAACUGCUGAACAACAACAACAGCAGCAGCAGCAACAACAACAACUCGCACAGCAAUCGGAACGGCGGCGGCGGCGGUCCGCAUAGUCCGCACUCGGCGUCGCCCAUGCUAGCAGCAGCGGUUGCUGCAGCAGCAGCCAACAACAGCUACAGACACAGCAGCAGCAGCAACCACAACAGCAGCAGCAGCAACAGCAACAAUUUGCUGCCGCCGUCGCCCACUUCCAUACAGAAGAUGAUGGCCACCAGCAUACAGCGCAAGCUCAACGAGCAGAGCAACCAGGACAGCCUGCGCAACAAUGGCAACACCAGCGGCAGCGAGUGCAGCAGCAACAGCAUCAACAAUGGCAGCACCAGCAACAACAACAACAACAAUCACAGCAGCAGCAGCAGCAGCUCGAAGAAGCCGAGCAUAUCGGUGGCCAAAAUGAUUGGCGGCACGGACACCUCACGCUUUGGUGCCUCACCCAAUCUGCUGGCGCAGCAACACAAUCAUCUGCCCGCACAUCAUCACCAGCAGCAGCAUCACCAACAUCAGCAGCAGCAGCAGCAUCACCAUCAACAGCUGAGCGCACAGGACGCUGCAGCGCUGGCCGCCGGCAAGGGCACGCGCCCCAAGCGUGGCAAGUACCGCAACUACGAUCGGGACAGUCUGGUCGAGGCCGUCAAGGCAGUGCAGCGUGGCGAGAUGUCGGUGCAUCGUGCUGGCAGCUACUACGGCGUGCCGCACUCCACCCUGGAGUACAAAGUAAAGGAGCGUCACUUGAUGCGUCCACGCAAGCGCGAGCCCAAGCCUCAGCCCGAUCUGGUGGGCCUCACAGGCGCAGCCAACAAACUCAAUCUGGAGAAGCUGAAAGCUGGCAGCAGCAGCAGCAGCAACAAUAACAACAACAACAUUGGCGGCGGCUCCAAGCUCAGCAAUGCGCUGAAGAACAACAGCGCAGCGCAGGCAGCAGCAGCAGCAGCGGCGGCAGCCAAUGCUGCCAACGGAUUGAAGCUGCCCAUGUACGAUGCCGCCUCGCAGCUAAGCUUCCAGCAGAGCAUGUUCGCCUGGCCGCAGCCAAGCGCCAAUGCCAACUACAAUCUGGACUUGCGCAAUCUGCCGCUGAGCGUCGCCGCGGGCAAUCAUCAUGCGCAUAGCGGCCUGCCCAUGAACAGUGCGCUGGAGAUGGCCGAGAAUCUGUACGACGGCAUCAUACGCAAGUCGCUGAACAAUGAUGGGGGCGGCGGCAGCAACAGCUCGGCCAACAAUGGCAAUGCGCUGCUCGAUCAGCUGCUGGUCAAGAAGACGCCGUUCACCAACAAUCGCAGCAAUGAUUAUUUGGCCGCCGCCGCCGCCGCCGCCUGCAGCAGCAGCGCCGAGAGCGUCAAGCGCUCGGGCAGCCCCAUGAGCCCCUAUGCGGACAUCAAGCGCGAGCGUUUGAGCCCCAUGCGUCAUGCUGGUGAGAGCAACAGCAGCGAUGAGGACGCUGCUGAGCAUCAUGGCAACAAUAACAACAACAACAGCGAGCUGGCGCAUAAUAAAAACAACAACGGCAGCAACAACUUCAACAACAACAACAAUGGCAACGGACGCAGCCGCAUGACGAGCCGCGACUCGGAAACUGACGCCAGCAGCCAAAAGAGCGAUCAGUCGCACAGCUCUGCCGCUGCCGCUGCUGCCGCUGCUGCUGGCAACAAAAUGAUGAUGGAUCUCAAUGGUGGUGUCAAGUGCGAGCCGAACAUAGCGCAUAUGCUGCCCAGCGGCAAUUCCAUACUACACGAGAAACUGGCACAAAUCAAAGCCGAACAGGCCGAUUGCAUUGCCAACGACGAGCAGUUAUAGAGCCAGUGGCAGCAGCAGCAGCUGCAGCAGCUGCAACAGCAGCAGCAGCAACAGUUGGCUGAAACAUUUGCUUGGCCACCACUGGCCACGCACUACUACAGUUUCUAGUUUGGAGCCAAUCGGAUGGAUCCGUUCGGGGUGAGCAGCGUUCAGCAGCAGUGCAAAUGUAAUAAACAAUAAACUAAAAACCAAAUGCAAAUAGCACUUAAGCUAUAGAUAAACAUUUGAGCAGCGUCUUGCUACAAUAAUUGUUAACAACAAUACACAAAAUAUAUAGUUAUAUAUAUUAUAUACAUACCAUACAGCAACAACAACAACAACAAAACAAAAGUGCAACAAAACGCAAGUUUAGGCACAUUUCUUGUUUAGUUUUUUGACAAUCGACAAAUAGGCAUUCUCUUGUACAAACAAAUUAAUAAGCAAACAACUAAAAAAAUUAUAUAAAAAGUAAACAAAACACAAGUACAUUUUA